AAGGAGAUAAAUGAGGCUGUUGCUCUAUAAUCUCACGGGGACAAAGACAAGGUGACUCACUGCUCAGAAGGAAACUUUGGAUGAGGUGUUUCACCUGCCACCGUUGUGGUAAUUCUAACACAAAACCAAGGGCCAGCCAAGCCACACGUAUCAAAAGAGGACGGACGCGGCCAUGGAGCAAGCUGAGCACAACCCAAACGCUACCAUCAGCCUCAGCUUUGCUGCAAUCUACAAUCUCCACGAUGGGGAUUUAACCUCCUCCCGAAACUUCUCCUUCCCUUUCAACUUCAGUUACAGCGACUACGACCUCCCCCUGGACAGCGAAGAUGACAUGACCAAAACCCGCACCUUCUUUGCGGCCAAGAUCGUGAUCGGGGUGGCUCUGGCCGGCAUCAUGCUGGUCUGUGGCGUGGGCAACUUCAUCUUCAUCGCCGCCCUCGCCCGCUACAAGAAGCUGCGGAACCUCACCAACCUGCUGAUUGCCAACCUGGCCAUCUCGGACUUCAUCGUGGCCAUCGUGUGCUGCCCCUUCGAGAUGGACUACUACGUGGUGAGGCAGCUGUCCUGGGAGCACGGCCACGUCCUCUGCGCCUCAGUCAACUACCUGCGCACCGUCUCCCUCUACGUGUCCACCAACGCCCUCCUGGCUAUAGCUGUGGACAGGUAUCUGGCCAUCGUUCACCCACUGAAACCACGCAUGAAUUACCAAACAGCAACCUUCCUAAUCGCCUUGGUCUGGAUCGUCUCCAUACUCGUAGCCAUCCCAUCUGCAUACUUUGCUACUGAAACAGUGUUAUUUAUGGUGAAAAACCAGGAGAAAAUUUUCUGUGGCCAAAUUUGGCCAGUUGACCAGCAGAUGUACUACAAAUCAUACUUCCUCUUCAUCUUUGGCAUUGAAUUCGUGGCACCUGUGAUUACGAUGACCUUGUGUUAUGCCAGGAUCUCCAGGGAGCUUUGGUUUAAAACCGUACCAGGAUUUCAGACAGAACAGAUCAGGAAGAGGCUUCGGUGCAGAAGGAAAACUGUGAUGGUGCUGAUGUGCAUCCUGACAGCCUACGUUCUCUGCUGGGCACCCUUCUAUGGCUUCUCAAUUGUCCGAGACUUUUUCCCCACCAUCUUUGUGAAAGAGAAGCAUUAUCUCACCGCUUUCUACAUAGUUGAGUGCAUUGCUAUGAGUAACAGCAUGAUCAACACCAUGUGCUUCAUAACAGUAAAAAAUAACACCAUGAAGUAUUUCAAGAAGAUCAUGUUGCUCAGGUGGAGAUCAACAUAUAAUGGAAGCAAAUCAAGUACAGAUUUAGAUCUGAGAACCAAUGCACUGCCUGUCACAGAGGAGGUAGACUGCAUAAAACUGAAAUAAAUUUUCUGCAGUUCCAACCUCACCCGUUUUGGAGAGGAGGUAAAGAGGAAAUAAUGACUCCUCAGAAGCUUCUCCCUUGCCUGUGGGAAUACCCAUCACUGGUGAGAGCCCUCGAAAAGCAGCCUACUAUGCAUUUCCACCAGAACUCUUUUCACUGGACUGCUGGUAUAACCCCAU